ACGGGAUGGCGGGACACAGGAAGGAGAAGUAAAUGCGGCCAAUGACAGAGGGACAUUACGCAGGUUCGCCUUUGCAACGUGUUUGUCUCCAUCAGGCUCCCGUACCGUGGCGGAGCCAGCCCAGGACAGUGCUGCCAAUGGCAUAGUGACGUCACGCCGUUUCGCCUCCUCAGUUGGUUGGGCCCUGCGGGCUCCCGUAGACAGCGGUCUGCAGGCUGAGGGCAGCGCUGUGAGGUGACACCGGGGUUCCGGCGGGAGGUGCAGGCCGUGGGUCCCUCCCACACACCGGGCACCAUGAAGAAGGAUGUGAGAAUCCUGCUGGUGGGAGAACCCAGAGUUGGGAAGACCUCACUUAUUAUGUCGCUGGUCGGCGAGGAGUUUCCAGAGGAGGUUCCUGCUCGGGCAGAAGAGAUUACGAUCCCUGGAGAUGUCACCCCUGAGAGAGUGCCAACGCACAUAGUGGAUUAUUCCGAAGCAGAACAGACUGAUGAUCAGCUGUAUAUGGAGAUCUCGCGGGCCAAUGUUAUAUGCAUUGUGUAUGCCGUGAAUAACAGGAACUCCAUCGAUAAGGUCACCAACCACUGGAUCCCACUCAUUAACGAACGAACGGACAAAGACAACAGGGUUCCACUCAUUCUGGUGGGGAACAAGUCCGACCUUUUGGAUUACAGCAGCCUGGAAACAAUCCUGCCCAUUAUGAACCAAUACUCCGAGAUAGAAACAUGCGUAGAGUGUUCAGCCAAGAACCUGAAAAACAUAUCGGAGCUUUUCUACUACGCUCAGAAAGCUGUGCUGCACCCCACCGGGCCCCUCUACUGCCCCGAGGAGAAAGAGCUGAAGCCGGCCUGUGUGAAAGCCCUGACACGGAUCUUUAAGAUAUCUGAUAUGGAUAAUGACAGAAUUCUAAAUGAUGCUGAACUGAACUUUUUCCAGAGAAUCUGCUUUCACAUACCGCUGGCACCGCAAGCCCUGGAGGAUGUCAAGAACGUGGUGCGAAAGAAUGUGCUCGACGGGGUGUCUGCCAACGGGCUGACUCUGAAAGGUUUCCUGUUCCUACACACACUGUUUAUCCAGCGGGGGAGGCACGAGACCACCUGGACUGUACUACGGAGAUUUGGAUAUGAUGAUGACCUGGAACUGACUCCUGAAUACCUGUUUCCUCAGCUUAAGGUUCCCAUAGACUGUACGACGGAGCUGAACCAUCACGCCUAUCUCUUUCUGCAGAGUAUAUUUGAUAAACACGAUCAGGACAGAGAUUGUGCUCUAUCUCCCGAGGAACUGAAGGAUCUGUUUCAGGUUUUCCCCUAUAUGCCUUGGGGCCCCGAUGUUAAUAACACCGUCUACACCAAUGAGAAGGGUUGGAUCACCUACCAGGGCUUCCUGUCCCAGUGGACGUUAACAACGUACCUGGAUGUGCAGCGGUGCCUGGAGUAUUUGGGCUACUUGGGCUACUCCAUACUAACAGAACAAGAAUCCCAGGCCAUGGCAGUCACAGUGACUAGAGAUAAGAAGAUUGACUUACAUAAGCGGCAGACACAGCGCAAUGUGUUCAGGUGCAACGUGAUUGGCUCCCAAGGCAGCGGAAAGAGUGGGAUUCUCCAGUCUCAUUUAGGGAGGAACCUAAUGAGACAGAAGCGAGUGCGAGAGGAGCACAAGUCCUUCUAUGCAAUUAACCCCGUCUAUGUGUACGGCCAGGAGAAGUAUUUGCUGCUGCACCACAUUGUGGAGAGCGAAGCCUUGUCCCCCGCAGAUACACUGUGCGAUGUCGUCUGUUUGCUCUACGACGUUGCUAAUCCCCACUCGUUCGACUACUGUGCCAGGAUAUUUAAGCAACACUUCAUGGACAGCCGGACGCCCUGCCUGCUUGUGGCAGCCAAAUCCGACCUUCAUGAGGUGAAACAGGAGAGUAGCAUUUCCCCAGCAGAAUUCUGCAAAAAGCACAAGAUGCCUCCACCCCAAGCCUUUACCUGCAACACAGCGGAGAGUCCCAGCAGGGAGAUCUUCAUCAAGAUGACUACAAUGGCCAUGUAUCCCCACGCCCGGUUACGCUGCCUCUGUACCUGCAAUAGGUGCACUUUCUGCCUCUGUCAGAACCUCCUCAACUCACACCUACUCCAGUCUGUAAAGAACAAACUCUUCACUGGCGCUAUCAACAGGCACAUGUCGCAGGCGGAGCUGAAGAACUCGACCUUCUGGCUGCGGGCGAGCUUUGGCGCAACCAUCUUUGCCGUUCUAGGUUUUGCCAUGUACAAAGCUUUGCUGAAGCAGCGGUGAUCUGGGCAGAACCCCUUGCCCCAAAGCCAACAGCCCCGAGUACCUCCAUUUGUAUGUACGUUACGAGUGCGUUCCAUUCUGCUUGCAUCGGGGGGCCCACUACAGGGAGGAAUGGGGGUGCCAGCAGUAUUAUUCAGGGGGGAGAGUGGGAAGCUGCUCUGACAAUGGACAAGUACGGCAAGAAGAAUUGGGGCGCAGAUAUAGAGAUGUGGGGGCCAAUAAUCCGGGGCAUAUUGAGCCGGAGACGUAUAAAGUGCCGCCCCAGUGCCCCUCUGUACCAGAGAUGGGAAGCAGUAAGUACUUAUGGGGGGGGGGGGGCGCAGUGUGAUUGGCCCAGCUGCUCUGUAGUGAGAGCGCUCGCGUGCAUUUCCCUAGUAACCACACAAGCAUGGCCGGCAAAUACGCUCCCAAUAUGGCUUCCUGCGCUCACGCCCAAUCACAGUGCAUUACUCUCUACUCUAAAUCAGGAUUGGCCCUCCAGCUAGGGGGAUGCAUUAAGGCUCAAUGUUAUUGGUUGCAGUAGGGGAAAGUGAGGGUGCUGAGGUGUCUCGCCAGUAUGAGAGGGUGCAUGAAAGCAAAGCUGUCUCUUGUCCAGCUUCUACACUACAUUCACAAUGGCUGUAUAUAGUGUGUAUAUAUAUAUAUAUAUAUAUAGGGGCAAAGCUAAGUGCCACCCCUGACUAGCACCCGUGUCUUCCCCUCCCAUCAUGGGUGCCACUCUCACAGCCGUCCCCCCACCCCAUAUGUUCUACCAUGGGCGCAGUAACCCUGAUGCGUUACUAACCCCGUGUUUCUCUGCCGCUUCCAGGUAUUAUUAUCUGACAAUGAUAUCUAUGUAUUUUUGUGGGUUUCUAUUUAUUUUAUUUUUUCAGACUUGUUGUUUUAUAAAGGAAAUGCAAUUUCUGAUGGAUCCACCUAUUAUUUGUCACUAACUUCACCGGCGCCCUAGCGCCCCUAAUCUCCCAGUUCCGCUACCGUCACAAUGGGCAGAGGGAUCCCUGCCGGCAGCACCUUUUCUAAAUUCCACUACUGGGAAAAGAACUCAUGUAAAACCUCUAUUUUUCUUCAUCACUUUGCCAAUUAGUGGUUUUCAUUAAAAAAACAAGACCUGUGUAUCUCUA